AUGACAACGUCACUGCUCCUCCGUCCUCGCUGGGUCGACCCGUCGGUGAUGUUCCUCUACGAUAACGGCGGAGGUUCCGAUGAAGUGAGCAAGAACAUGGAGGGUUUUGCUGGUGGCAACUUUGCUGCGAAUCAGUGCAGGAAUCUGAUGGCGCACCCCGCGUCCCUGGCACCAAGCACGGCGUAUUCAUCCAGCGAUGUGCCCACCUCCGGUAUGGGCGAGCCAGUGAAACAGUGCAGCCCAUGCUCUGCAGCUCAGAAUUCAUCCAGUGCGUCCUUGCCUUAUGGGUACUUCGGUAGCAGUUAUUACCCGUGCAGAAUGUCGCAUCACAGCAGCAUAAAGUCUUGCGGAGCGCAGCCCCCCUCCGCCUAUGGAGAGAAAUAUAUGGACUCCUCCGCCUCGGGCGACGACUUCACCUCUCGGGCAAAGGAAUUCACUUUCUACCCCACUUACCCCUCGGGCCCAUAUCAACCUGUUCCCAGUUACCUGGACGUUCCGGUGGUGCCUACUAUCAGUGCACCGUCUGAAGCCAGACACGACUCCCUGCUGCCUAUGGAGAGCUACCAGCCGUGGACUCUGUCUAACGGAUGGGGCGGCCAGGUUUACUGCGCCAAGGAGCAGCCGCAGCCCGGACACAUGUGGAAGCCCAUACCUGACGCAGUGUCCCACGUCGGAGGAGACUCCAGCUCUUAUCGGCGUGGAAGAAAGAAGCGCGUGCCAUACACUAAGGUGCAACUGAAGGAACUCGAGCGCGAGUACGCCGCCAAUAAAUUUAUAACGAAGGACAAAAGGAGGAGGAUAUCGGCCCAGACGAACCUGUCUGAGAGGCAGGUCACGAUAUGGUUUCAAAACAGACGCGUAAAGGAGAAGAAAAUUGUCAACAAAUUGAAAACCAUCAGCUAGUUUUUUAAUUUCCAAUUUUUUAUUUUUUAUUUUUUUUGUUAAAUUACGGACAAUAUCUGUGGGAGAUAAACUACUUGGCCCACACACACAUUAACACACACUCCCACAUACACACACAUACACACACGUUCGGACUAAUGGACUGGAACAUCAAAACUCCUUUCUGACUGAAUAUGACUCAUUUAAAUCUUGCCAAAUGUUUUCCUGGAGUUUUUGGAACUGAAGUCAGGCCUUUCCUUAAAGACACUCCAUCCCUCCCCACCUCCAAAUGUUGUUAAAUGUUGUUUAAGGAGACAGGUGGGGGAAAAAGGGGGGAUAUAUGUAUCUAUACCUGCAGUAUGUGUGACUUUUUUUUCUUGGCAUGUUCACUCUUAAGGCAGGAAAAGUGAGCCCAGUCUCAGAAAGGUGUGCGCCACCGAA